AUGGCCCGCCCCGAGGACCCGCCCCGAUCGGUUUCCGAUACCCUCUCCUGUGCAGACGGAGUCUCUGUCCCGGUCACCGCCCUUGCCGAGCUGACACCUGUGCCUGCUGCGGCAGUGGCCGAGCAGAGCGUCGCCAAGUCGUCGUCAGACGCCGGGGCGUGGUGGGCCACAGCCGUCCUCCCGCGGAGCACCAUCCUCGAGGCCAGAUCGCACAUCCUUCACAGACUGGCUGUCGCAGGUGUUGUUGAUGCUGCCGCAGGUGGCCCGCUGACCGGAUCGCUGGCAGCUGGCGCCGACGAAGCCGCCGCAGCUGCCAUCAUGGCCGAUACCGCCGAGACCCUGCCUGUCGCCAACGUUGUCUUUGCUCGCGCGCUCUGGCAGCUCGCUGCCGAUGCUCUCGGUGUUGGCAUCGACGAUGUCGUCGCUCUGCCCGAACGCGAGUACGACAUCGGCGCCGUCCCGCGCUGGUCCUUUGAGGGCGGGUGCGCUGCUCCUGGCGAGCCGCAGGCGCCGGCAGACGGUGGGAUCCGGAUGUGGAUCCCACUGGGAAACGUUGCUCCACAUCAGGGCGCGGUGCUUGUUGCCGCCGAGCCGGACAACUGCGGCGCUGGCUGGCUCUCAGCCUCGUUCGACAUGGGCGAUGUCGUCGUCCUCUCCUCAGCCGCCAAGGCCACUCGCGCCGCCAACACCACCGGACGGGCCUGUCUCUCGCUUGUUCUCUGCUUUGCCACCCGCGUCUCGCUCGGUGACGCCCCGCUGAUGGUCAUCGACGCCGAUGUCGCCGCCUCGCUCCUUGACGACGCCAUCGCCGCCGCCCGCGCCGCCGCCGCUGCCGACCUCUCCUCUGACGACGACCUCCCCGUUCGCCCUGGUGACUUUUCCUCCUCUGACGACGAUACCCCGCUCAUCGCACCGGGCUCAGCCAUGUCCGGCGCACGAAGGCUGUUCGAGUGA